AUGGCGGACCUUAACCCUCCCAAGACUGCUGUUCAGGACCAGGACAUCAACCCCUGGUCCGUCGAGGGAGCUCAGGGCGAGAAUGGUGAAGUCGCUGCGAUUGACUACGAUGCCAUUUGCCAAAAGUGGAAGACCUCAAAGAUCGACCAUGAGCUUCUCGAGCGAUUUGAGAAGGUGACGGGCAAGAAGCCCCAUCGCUGGCUCCGACGCGGCCUCUUCUUCAGCCAUCGCGACUUCGACAAGAUCCUCACCAAGUACGAGCACGGCGAGCCCUUCUUCCUCUACACCGGUCGCGGUCCCAGCACUGGCAGUCUUCACCUUGGCCACACGAUCCCACUGGAAUUUACGAAGUGGCUGCAGGAUGUCUUCGAUGUGCCCUUGGUUUUCAUGUUGACGGACGAUGAGAAGGCGCUGUUCAAGGACAACCUGACGUUCGAGGAGACGCUGGCAUAUGCAAUGGAGAAUGCCCGAGACAUCAUUGCGCUUGGUUUUGAUGUUAAGAAGACCUUCCUGUACAGCGAUCUCAAGUACUUGAGUGGACAUUUUCUCAUGAACGCCUGGGAGUUUUCCAAGCUUGUUACUUUCAACCAGGUUCGUGGAGCCUUCGGUUUCAAUGAGAGCUCCAACAUCGGCAAGAUUUUCUUCCCUUCAGUACAGUGUGUCGCUGCUUUCGCUACAUCUUACCCAGAGAUUUGGUCCGAUGAGCCCUCAGCCGUUCGAACGAAGCAACUGGGCAAGAUCCAGUGCCUUAUUCCCAUGGGUAUCGACCAGGACCCUUACUUCCGACUCGUUCGAGACAACGCCCACCGCAUGAAGAACCCUUCACCAAAGCCUGCUUUGAUCCACUCCAAGUUCCUUACUGCCCUCCAGGGUGCUGGUGGCAAGAUGUCGUCUUCAAACCCUAACUCGGCCAUCUUCAUGACCGAUACUGCCAAGCAGAUCAAGAACAAGAUUAACAAGUUUGCCUUCAGCGGAGGCCGUGAAACUCUUGAGGAGCAUCGCGAGAAGGGAGGAAACCCCGAUGUCGAUGUUGCCUAUAUCUAUCUCACAUACUUUGAGGACGAUGAUGAGAAGCUCCAAAAGAUUUACGACGACUACAAGAGCGGAUCUCUGCUCACUGGAGAGCUGAAGAAGUUGGCAAUUGAGGCUCUGCAGCCUGUUGUCCAGACCUUCCAAGAGCGAAGAAAGGCCGUCACGGACGAGGUCCUUGAGUCGUACAUGAAGCCCAGGAGACUGCAGUGGGGUGGAAACCCAAACCCUAAGCCCAAGGAGGAUAAGAAGAAGGAGGCGGCUGAGAAGAAGCCCGAGGAGAAGAAGACUGAGCUGCCUGACCGCACCGCUGAGAAGUCGGCUUAA